AUGUCAUUAAUCGUUUCCACCCCUGCACAAAUUGCUAGUGCUCCUACAAACAGAUCAACAGCCAAACAGCAAUGGUCUUUUUCUAAAGCUGCUCGAUUUUCAACCAUGAAGCCCACCGAGUAAACGCUAUUCAGAGGCCAUUUCUAUUCAAUUCCUCCAGCUUUUGACAAGAGAUCAGCUUCGAUUGGCUAUGGGACUAAAUCUGAUUUUACAAAAGAGCGAGGCCAAGGAAACCCAGAUCCCAGCGCAUAUAACUUGCCGAGUGAUUUUGAUACUAAAAAACCACACGGCCAAGCAUACUCCUUCGGGAUUUCUCGAGAAGCAUGUGAAAAAAGGUAUGUCGAAGGCCAUUUUAGAGCUGACCCCUCAGUCCCAGGCCCCGGAACGUAUGCUAUUACUUCAAAGAUCGGGCAAGAAGGCAGAAAAUUUACCUUCAGACCUCGCACAUCUAUUCUAGGUAACUGCUAAUUAGAUGAAAUGUUUAAUAGCAGAAAAAGCCCAGGACCAGGAGCUUAUGACCCAAAGCUAGAAGUUGACAAAGGAAGAUAUACAUUAAGCACAUUCAAAAAUGCAGGAAUUACAACAUUCUCCCCUCUUUCUUCACCAAGAUUUCCAAAAAACCAAAAAAAUGGUCUUCCUGGACCUGGUGCGUACUAUAACAACGAAGACUUUUUAAAGUCAGGGUAUUAUUUAUCAAAAUUCCAUUCACCAGGAAAUAGGGCUUUUCCAAUUUCAGAUAGGGAUUCAUCACCCACUUCAGGGUUUUGGGAUACACCAGGACCAGGGAGCUACCGGCUUCCAAGCGAGUUUGGUUACUACGAGAGCAAGCAUAAGAGCUUAGAAAGAAGGCCAAACACUCAGUCAGUGCCUAAUCUGAAAUCUCAAAAGACUCCUGCAAUUAAUAAAAAGCCAAAGCCUGUCACGAGAAAUUAA